AUGGAAUAUGAUCUUAUUAUUGCAUCUGAUGAUCAGCAAACGCCAUCUUUUCAGGAUAAUCAAACACAGUUAAUGGAAACUGUCUCAGAAUCAGGAACGGCAGCACUUUUAGCUGUGAUGAGCUUACAUGAAGAUGGCACUGAUCAUAAGAUGUUCAGAGAACGAUUAGAGUGCUUUCAUACAUGGCCCCAAGAAGCACAAAUUGCUUUUGUGAAGACUCUUAUUCGACAUUUGAAGCACCCACAAUUGGCAGAAGUUGCUGCUUUCCUUACUCCACUUUUGCAACGAGAUUUUAUAGCCGCUCUGCCAAGUUGUGCCGCAGAACAUGUUCUUCAAUACCUCGAUGCACCGGCACUUUCCAGAUGUGAGGCUGUAUCGAAAAAUUGGCAACGCGUGAUCGCUGAGAGUCAGAUGUGGAAAAGAUUGAUUGAAGCAAAAGCACGUGGUGACCCUUUGUGGAGGGGGUUGAUGAAACAAAGGGAUUGGUUGCGCUUCAUUUUCUCCAAUAGAGACAAUUGCAUCAAUGCCAUUUGUAGCGAAGAAUCUAUCGAUCCAAAGACAAUUUGUGACAAUCAAACUAUAUGCUUCAUUUUGCACAGAUUCUUUAGAAAACUCUACCCAAAGAUUGUCAAAGAGUUGGCAAAUCUGGAGACAAAUUGGAGAAAUGGGACUAAUCAUCAGACGUUGAUCAACUGUAAUUCAGAAAAUAGCAAAGGAGUUUACUGUUUACAAUAUGAUGACGACAAGAUUGUUUCUGGAUUGAGAGAUAAUACUAUUAAGGUUUGGCACCGCAACAACUUAUCAAUUCCGAGUCUAACUUUGACUGGACAUACAGGCUCUGUGCUUUGUCUUCAAUAUGAUCAGAGAAUAAUUGUUAGCGGAUCAUCGGAUGGCACAAUUCGUAUAUGGGAUAUACAUACUGGAGAAUGCUUGAACACAUUGAUCCAUCAUGCAGAGGCCGUGCUUCAUCUACGAUUUGGUAGUGGAAGAAUGGUCACAUGUUCAAAGGAUCGGACGGUUGUCGUUUGGGAGAUGACUUCACCCAAACAAAUGUCAGUUCAAAAUGUUCUUUCUGGUCAUCGAGCUGCUGUGAAUGUUGUGGAUUUUGAUGAAACCUACAUUGUGAGUGCAAGUGGAGAUCGCACUAUUAAGGUUUGGGGAACUGAUGAUUGUGCGCCUAUUAGGACCUUGACGGGUCAUCGAAGAGGAAUAGCUUGUCUUCAAUAUAAGGGAAAACUGAUCGUGUCAGGAAGCAGUGACAACACGAUUAGAGUCUGGGACAUCGAUCGUGGUGCAUGUAUCCGAGUUCUAGAAGGUCAUGAUGAACUUGUUCGAUGUCUUCGAUUUGAUUCCAAGAGAAUCGUUUCUGGGGCGUAUGAUGGCAAGAUCAAAAUAUGGGACAUGGAGGCUGCUCUCGAUCCAAACUCAACAACCCAUUCGUUAUGUCUCGCAACAUUGAACCGUCACACCGGACGUGUUUUUCGACUGCAAUUUGAUGAUUUCCAAGUGGUCAGCUCCUCCCAUGAUGACACAAUCAUUGUUUGGGAUUUCCUCUCUCAUUGUCCACUGCUUCCAUCCGCACUGAUGACGACUUGCCAUGAGUCAGCUCCAGUUCCAAUUCCAAUGGAACAUGCACUG